AUGCCUUUCGUAGAAACGGCCUUUAGCAAGGCCCAGAAUCCGUUCGAAUCCGGUCUCUCCUUCGCCGACGCGUUCUACUCAUUCGGCAUCAACUACCCUGGCGCUAUCACCAACAACAACUACCCCAACUUUAUGGGCAACCUGAGUACGCCCGAUGGGCAGUUCCGUGACAUGGGCACUGUAGAUAUCCUGCGCGACCGCGAGCGGGGUGUGCCACGCUACAAUCAGUUCCGACGGCUCCUACGCAUGUCCGCUCCCAAAACCUUCGAGGAGCUGACAGGCGGCAACAAGGAGCUUGCCCAAGAGCUGUGUGAAGUGUAUGGAGAUGUAGAACUGGUCGAUACGCUUGUGGGAUCGCACAGUGAGCCGUUGCCCAAGGGCUUCGGCUUCAGUGACACUGCGUUCCGGAUCUUCAUUCUCAUGGCCAGCAGGCGGCUGAAGAGCGACCGCUUCUUUGCAGGGCAGUGGAACUCGGACACGUACACCAAAGAGGGGCUGCACUGGCUGCAGAAUACCGAGGACGUGCUAGUGCGGCAUUUCCCCGAGCUGGAGGUGCCUUUGAAGAAGACCAAAAAUGUGUUUGCGCCGUGGGAGAAGAAGUCCGAGUCUAUGAAGUACGAAGGAGCUGAGACUAAUGCCCCGGGCCUAUGA